CAUUUUUUCUGUAUUAGUUUAUUCAUAUUUAGUUAACGAACUAUUAACUUUUGUGAUGUAAAGUUAUAAACAUAUAUUGUCAGUAGUCGCAUUAAAUCAUUUCCGUAAUUCUUUGAGCUUAUACUUUAUGUUGAUUUUGUGAACGUACUCAAAGUUCAUAAAUUUUUCCUCCGUCUUUUGGUUGGUGAAAUAUCGGUUUAUAAGCACCGCAUUGGAUGUUUUUAAAAUGAUAAACCGGCUUCGUUAUAACCUGUAAGAUACUAGAAUUUUCGGCGGAAAUUUGUUCAUUCAAUUAUAUCGGGUGGUAGUUAUUUGAAAAUUAUGACAGAAACUCAGCAGAAAGCAAAGUGUAUUACGCUAAAAGGAUCAGCAGAGCUGGUUAAAGAAUAUCUUCUUUAUGGCGUGAAUAGUAUUUUGUAUCAAAGAGGCAUUUAUCCUCCGGAAACUUUUGAACCCGCCGAACAUUUUGGUUUGUUCGUUUUAAUGUCUACAGAUGAAAAGAUCAAAGGAUAUUUGGAUACUGUUCUUAGCCAGAUUCAGGAAUGGCUUACUCAACGAAAAGUACAAAAGAUAACGCUUGUUAUAACAAAUGUUAAUACCAAAGAAGUAUUAGAAAAGUGGGAUUUCAAAGUAGAUUAUGAAGGUCAGUCGUCUAAUGGCGCCAAUGAUAACACAAAAAAUAGUCUUCCUGAAGUGGGUACAAAGGACGUGAAGGCUAUACAGAAAGAGAUUCGCGAAGUCAUACGUCAGAUCACUGGUACAGUAAGUUUUCUUCCACUAUUGGAUUGUUUAUGUUCAUUUGAUAUUUUGACGUAUACUGUACCUGACUGUGGUAUCCCUAAGGAAUGGGAUGAAACCCAGCCAGUAUUUAUCGCAAACAGUCAAGAAGUACAAUUACGAUCAUUUUCAACUUCUAUUCAUAAGAUGGAUACCAUAGUUAGUUAUAAGAAUGUUUAGGUAUUACAUGUUUUAUCUUUGAUAAUUGAAAUGUACAUAUGAAAUAUAUAUUUCUUUCAUCUUUUUAACAAUAAUUGAUAUUAAAGACUGUUAUUUAACAUUCUUUUUCUAUACAAAUGAUUAUAAGAUGAAAGUGGUCGUGUUGUUUUGAAAGGUUUGAAUAUACGUUAUGAAUUAUUAGUAUUACCUACAA